AUGAGCAGCACGUACCCGACCAUCCAGUCGCGCCCCCUCGCACCUCACAUCGCCACGACCUGCACACACUGCUCUUCCCCGCUCGAAUUCCCCGUACCCCAACCUCUUCCACGCCCGUCGACAGCCCUCAACGUCCGCUGCUUCAGCUGCAGCAAAGUCUUCUCGCACGCCUUCUACCCCACCCAGGUCCCCGGCCUCGCGAACAGCGUGUCCGGAACGAGCGGACAUGGGCCCUCUCGGAGCCAGAGCGGCGGCGGCGCAAGCGGUGGUGCACAGGCGGCAAAGAGAGGACGGAAGAUUGGCACACAGGAAAAGCCGCUGGAGACAGGGUACUACGACCUGCUGGGCGUGCCGGUAGACGCGAGCACGGAGGACAUCAAGAAGGCAUAUCGGCGCCUUGCCAUCAAGUUCCAUCCGGACAAGAACCGCGACGACCCUCAUGCGGAAGAGCGCUUCAAGGAAAUCGCCAUCGCCUACCAGACACUGUCCGACCUCGAAUUGCGUAGAAAGUAUAACGAGUUUGGGUCCAAGGACAGCGCACCGGAGGGCGGCUUCGUCGAUCCAGAGGAAGUGUUCGGAACAAUCUUCGGUGGUGAGCGGUUCGUGCCCAUCAUUGGCCACAUCAGCCUCGCGAAGGACAUGAAGGCGGCGCUGCAGGAAGCGGAGGAGAUGGAGGAGGAUGCAGAAGGCAAACCCAUUGAGAAGGAUGCGAAGGGGCGGGAGAUUCUCUCACCAGAGGAGAAGGCGCGAAGAGAGGAGAAGGCUAGGAAGACAGCCGCAGAGGUGAGCAUUGGACCCCACGCCGAACCCGCGGCGCGAGCAGAACGCGUCGCGAAACUCAUGGAGAACCUGGAGCGCAAGCUGGGCAUUUUCACCGAGUCCGCGACAGGCCCGAGCGACGAGCAGGUCACUCAGAGCUAUCGGACGAUAUGUCAGCUUGAGGCAGAAGAACUCAAACGUGAGUCCUAUGGCGCCGAGCUACUCCAAACAAUCGGCUUCGUCUACGUCUCGAAGUCGAAGCAGUACCUCGCCUCGAACCAGACCUUCCUCGGCGUCGGCGGGUGGCUGCACAACGUGCAGGGCAAAUAUCACGUCUUCAGCGAAACAAUGUCGACGCUGCGUGCGGCGAUGGACCUGAAGAACGUCUUCGAGCAGAUCCAGGCGGCCGAGAAGGCGGGCAACCUCUCGCCGGAGGAGCGGCAGCGGCUGGAGGAGCAGGCGGCAGAGAAGGGCCUGCAGGCUCUGUUCAAGGGCACGAAACUCGAGAUAGAGUCGGUCCUCCGCGAGACGUGCGAUCGCAUGCUCGAGGACCCGGCGCUCCCGCGGGGCAAGGCGCAGCUGCGCGCGAUCGCACUGCAGAUCCUGGGCGAGGCGUACAUGGCGGUGCGCAAGGACGAGGCUGAGGCGAGAGAGGAGAGCGAGUACGUGAAGGUGGAGACGAAGAGCAGUCGGCAGCGCGACCAGCAGCGAGCACAGUAAGCUUGAUGAUCGACGAUGAGCGAGGUAAUUCUCCUGUGUUAGCACUGUGAUACUGAUAGGGUGGUUUGGACGGCCGCAGUCGUGGAUAGUGUGCUUUGCUGUGUAGACCCGUGUAGCUAUAAUACUCUUUCGAUGCGCACCCGAUUCUCGCGCUGUUCGCCAGAUGUUGGUCCUACUUCA